AUGGCUGACCCCGCCAUCCGCAAGCGCAAGACUGGCAAGUCUUCACCGUCCCAGAAGAAUGAACAUCUGUUCACGGACAGCAAACGUGGCAAGGACGGUACGACUAUCAAGACAGUCCUCGCGGCAGUCUUGGUCUCCGCAGGCGUCCUGCUGUACAUGAACUACGACACCGCGAGGUCGUUCGUGCGCACGCGACUCGGAAAACAGAGUCCAGGAUGGGACUUUGAAGCUACGAGAGGUGGAGCUGUAGACUUUUCCGCCGAUCUGCCAAAACGAGAUGCCGUAGUAGCAGCAUUCAAGCAUGCAUGGUUAGCCUAUGAGAGGGACGCAAUGGGUGACGAUGAAUACCAUCCCAUUCGCAAGGCUGGAUCCAACCUCACACAAGCUGGUGGGAUUGGCUACACCGUUGUCGACUCGAUUGACUCAAUGCUACUUAUGGGUCUUGAGGAAGAGCAUGCGCGAGCGAGGAAGUGGGUGGCGGAGAAAAUGACAUUCGAACGCGACGGCAACUUUAACACGUUCGAAGUGCUACUUUUUACGACAAUUCGCGUCUUGGGAGGCCUGCUAUCGGCGUACCACCUAAGUGGUGAUCACAUGUAUGCGGAACGAGCACAAGAUCUCGCGGACCGUAUCCUUCCCGUUUUUAACACUCCUACCGGCCUCCCAUUGUCGAUGGUGAACCUCAAGAAACGCGAAGGCAUCCCAGAUAAAGACAAUCAUGGGCUUGUCAGCACUGCGGAAGUUUCGACUUUGCAACUAGAGUUCAAAUAUCUCGCCAUGUUGGCAGACGACGAUGAGUACUGGAGAAAAGCGGAGAAAGUCAUGCAGGUUAUCAAAGACGCACGUAUUGCGACUGGCCUUGCGUCCAUCUUUCUAAAUCCUGACGAUGGAAAAUUCGCAAUAUCUCCGAUCCGCCUGGGAUCGCGAGGUGAUUCAUACUAUGAAUAUCUCUUAAAGCAAUAUCUACAAACGAAUCUGACAGAGCCCGUAUAUCGCGACAUGUACGACGAUGCAAUGGACGCCAUUCAUACUCACCUCAUGAAGACAUCGGAGGCCGAAGGUCUUACAUACACUGCGGAGAUCCUUCCAGAACGCGACCAGCAGGGUAAAAUAAUUUGGCGAGUCAUCCCAAAACAAGAUCAUCUCGUAUGCUUUUUCGGUGGAUCGCUCAUGCUUGGCGCAGUGAGCACUGGCACGGUCGGGGGAACGGUAUCUGUGCCCCCGCGCGCUGAGGAACUCACUGCGCAGGGUAAGCGAGAUUGGCUCUCCGGGACGGAGCUGGUGCGCACGUGCAUGGCCACGCACAAUACGGCGACAGGCCUAUCGCCUGAGAUUGUGCAUUUUAGAAUGGCCGGAGACGGCAUAGAAAGCAAACAUGAUUGGUAUAUCAAAGGCGCACGACCUGGAUACGCUCCCUACGACGCGCGAUACAUUCUCCGUCCGGAGACGGUUGAGUCCCUCUUCAUUGCGUUCCGUCUCACAGGAGACCCCCAAUACCGCGCGUGGGGCUGGGACAUUUUCCAGGCGAUCGAGAAGCAUUGCCGUGUCGAGUCGGGUGGUUAUGCUAGUGUACUGAACGUAGAUGAAUUACCGGUGAAGUAUGAGGAUAAAAUGGAGACUUUCUUGAUGAGUGAAACCCUGAAGUACCUGUAUUUGCUUUUCUCCGAUGAAAGCGUGCUACCACUGAACAAAUAUGUGUUCAAUACCGAGGCGCAUCCUUUCCCCGUUUUCUACCCGUCCCUUCGUACGGGCUUCUCAUAA